AUCAGUGGGGCCAGGGACUCUGUUACACAUGAAGUGCCACCAGCCGCUCCUGGCCCGUGGGGGGCGCUGGCCCGUGGGGGGUGCUGGACAGCACAAUGGGGGCAGGCGGCUUCACGCUGUGAAUAUUUGCCUCCAAAUUACAGGGUCCUUCCCAAAGCAAAUUCAGGUAUACGUGGCUACGGCCUAGCCUGUGGGGCGCCAGGACUCCUGGGUUCUCUCCCCGGCUCUGCCCCUCGCUCCUUGGGCAACUCUAACCACUAGACCCCUCUCUCCUCGCCCAUGCUGGGGGCCGAACCAGGCUCGUCUGUGCCCGUCCUCCCGUGAUCGCUCCUUUCCCUCUGUCAAUGGCACCUGCCCAGCUCCCCAAACUCCGUCUCAAGCGCUGGGGUUUGGGGGGGGGGCAUUGGUCCAAUCCUUCACAGCCUUGUUUAGUUUCGUUUCGGGGUGUCACUGGGCUUCAACUUCCCUCAAGUCGAAAAUCCCCCUCCCCGCUCCUGAGGCUAAAAUCACACCCCACUUUGCCCCAGGCCCAUCUGGGAACCUCCAAAAACGCCUGCCGCUCCCGCUUCACUUCCCGCUUCGGCCUCCGGAUCCCGCUUGGCCCAUUCGACCCCCAACCCUGAACAUCAAGACCCUGGAAGCCCGACGGGCCAAGAAAUCCCAGCGGGCCGCGGCCAAAGAUCGCAGUCCGGGCAAGUCCUGUCUCGGGGAAGACCCACAGCCAGGAGGAUCCGCCACGGCCCUUAAAACAAGCGGAUCCCGGGAUGAAUUUUUCACGAAAGGGUUUCCCGGCCGGUUUAGCAUCUGCAAGUUCUCGGCAAAGGCGAAACACUCCGGCCGGCGUUCAAUGGGACCAGUGGGUCGGAAACGGCCUUCAAAUCCACGCAGGGUUUCGCAAGCUGCUGGAUUCCUCUCCAGCCAGAUUUGGCCAGCGAGUGGGGUUAUUGUUUGUUUAAUCGAUCCCCCACCCCCCCGAUUCUUACAGAGAAAUCCCACUUCCCAGGCCCCAAAUGCUCCCGGACUGCCCGGCCUCGGGGCCCCGAGGAAAACCCAGCCGGCCUGGUCCAAGGGGCGAAAUCGCCAGCGUUGGGGCUCAAGUCCCUUUCCCACCCCAAACCGAUUUCCAAUGCAUUGGAUGAAGUGAGCCGUAGCUCACGAAAGCUUACGCUCAGAUAAACUGGUUAGCCUCUAAGGUGCCACAAGUCCUCUCCUGUUCUUUUUGCGGAUACAGACUACCACGGCUGCUCCUCUGAAACAUUUCUAACCCAAAUCCACCUUGCCCCACACGCAGGCACACAAGGAACCCGGCUGGGCAUUUGACAAAUCAGUCGCAGCUUGGAGACAUUGCUCGCUUUCCUCGCAGCGCAAAGCGGCUCGGGAAAAGGACCCUGAUUUCGCUCUCUUUUUUUUUUUCCCCCUCGAGAAGCGAACUGUGUCUCUGAUCAAUCCUGACAAGGAAGCGGAGAGGCCUGCAAAAUAUUCCUGUCUUCAAGCAACCCUUGCUGGCGGAUUUAUUUGUGUGCACGCUACUCAUUGGGGAGGAUUUUAGACCUGAAUCCUGACUCCACAUCUUCUUUAAAGUCCAGGCUCCAGAUCCUAGCCUGUGUGUGUGUGUGUCUGUGUGUGUCUGGGUGUGUGCGCCCCUGUCUCUCUUUCUCUUCUCCAGUAUUUCCCAUUCACCACUUCUCUUCUCCUGCUCCUCCUCCUUUCCGCUUACUCCCAUUCUCUGUCCUCAUCUCUGGAGUUACUCAAUGCUGAACCUUCAAAAAAAAAGAGAAAGAAAAGAAGAAGAAGAAAAAAAAUCUCACCAAAGACCAGGAGUCCAGGGGGGGCUUUCAAAUGAAUUCCUUCCCCCUCCCUCCUUUCCUUGUGUCUUACAACAGUGUGUCCUCCCCGCUCAGGAGAUCAGACCAGAAAGACACACACAAGAGACGGGGAGGCAAUCUCUCUGUGUGUGUGUGUGUGUCUAGAUGUAUUUUUCGCCAAGGCUGCAGAUGGCAUUAGGAUCUUGAAGGAAAAACAACACACACACACACACACAAAACUGCCCCCCUCCCCAAACUUUCCAGUUCUGGCAUGAAAAAUCCAGGCGGGUGGGGGGAAAAAAUCCAUAAAACUUUACCCAGCCUAGGGCUUGCAGAGUGGGGCAAAGUCUAAGAGUCUGGGAGCCUCUUGAUUUUUGUGUGUGUGUGUGUGUGUGAAAGAGAGACUCUCAAGAAGAAAACACAGAGGAGGGGUAAAAAAAAAUUCCCUUUCCUUUGCAAUCAUGGCAUUGAGGACUUCAUUGCUUGGACUCUAUGUAGGGUUACUGUUUUCCUUGCUGGAACUGUGGAUUAUUUCGGGUGUUAGCUUGGAGCCUAUAUACUGGAAUACAGCAAACAAAAAGUUCCAGGCGGCGGGCGGCUACGUCCUGUACCCGCAGAUCGGCGACCGGCUGGACCUGAUCUGCCCCCGCUCCCGCCCGCCGGGCCCCUUCUCGGCGGAGGAGUAUGAAUAUUACAAGCUGUACCUCGUGCCGGGCGAGCAGGCCCGGGCGUGCGAGAUCCUGCGGGCCCCCAACCUGCUGCUGACGUGCGACCGGCCCGAGCACGACGUGCGAUUCACCAUCAAGUUCCAGGAGUUCAGCCCCAACCUGUGGGGCCACGAAUUCAAGAGCAACCAGGACUACUACAUCAUCACCACGUCAGACGGCACCAAGGAGGGGCUGGAGAACCUGAGGGGCGGCGCCUGCCUCUCUAAGGGGAUGAAAGUCGUGUUGAAAGUGGGGCAGCAUCCCGGCACGGCCUCCAAGUCCCAGAAAGCGGGGUCGGAAACGCCGCCCGAGAAGGAGCGGGGGACGCUGGGCGGAGUGGAGCCCAGCAAGGCAAGCGGCGCAGGUGCUGGGAACGCGACGGGCCCGGCGGGGGGCGCGAACGGGCCCUUGCCCCAGUCCAACGUGCCCGUGGUGGCCGGGGCAGCGGGGGGCGCCGCCUUCGUGGCCCUGGUGGCGGCGGGCGUGACGGGGGCCGUGUGCUGGUGUCGGAGGCGGGCCAAGCAGAGCGACACCCACCUCCCGCCUCUCUCGCUCAGCGGCCUGACCAGCCCCAAGCGGGGGGCCGGCCCGGGGGGGAACAACAAUGGGUCGGAGCCCAGCGACAUCAUCAUCCCGCUACGGACGUCGGACGGGGCCUUCUGCCCCCACUACGAGAAAGUGAGCGGGGACUAUGGGCACCCCGUCUACAUCGUCCAGGAGAUGCCCCCCCAGAGCCCCGCCAACAUCUACUACAAAGUGUGAGGGGGAAGGGGGGCCCGGGCCCACCCCGGCGCUGGCUACGGACUUACGCCUCACCCCCCCCAAUACGGACAGCCCCCCCCCGACGCUGACGGAGAUGGGUGCCCCCCACCCCCGAUUCUUCCUCGUGUAAAGAGCCCCCGGCACUGACAGGGUUAAAGCAGAGGGGGGACCCUGUACUCUGGCGCUGACAGGGUUAAUGGGGGCCAAGGGGGUCCCUGUGCCAUUUCCUCUCUGGCACAGAUGUUGGGGGGGGGGGCUUGGAGCUGGUCCCUUCCCCCAGCUCCGCUCCCCACAUCCCUACAAUCCUGUCCAGGCCAGGUCCUGGCUCCCCACACCUCAGCUCCACCAGGAGUGCGGGGGGGGGGGCCUGUGGGGUCAGAGGGGAAAGUCAGGAGCAGCUGUGUUACGUCUCGGGGUGGGGGGAAAUCGGCCCUCUUCAGGAGAUUCCCCCCUGUCCUAAGGGCUGGUGGGGGCAGUUUUAUCUCCCGCCCUCCCUUCCAGUCCCUGUUCACAUGGAGUGGGGGAGGGGAUUCGAGGAAGGGGCAAAAAGUUUGGUUAUUUCAACCAUCGGGCCCCCCCGGGACCUUUUCUUUGUCGCCAUUUGAAAAUGUGACUCAACAAAAUGGCCGCGCCCCUGCCCCCCGAUCAGAGAGACGUUUUUGCCUGUUGGGGGACCAGGUACGGAGGUUCGGGAGUGGACUCGUCAUUUUACAAAAAAAAUCCACCCCCCAUUCAGCAAAAAGUGAACUUGAAGCCACAAGAAGUGACCUAUAGCCCGCCAGGAAAUGAGGCGGAGGAAGAGACUCCAGCGAGGGUGGGACUUCCUGUUUUUGGAUGGGGACUUCCUCUUUCGGGUGGGACUUCCUGUUUCGGGCCCAGAAAUGACUCCAAGGUGAACAAGAAGGGGAGGGGUGGGAUCUUUGCGGGCUUUAAUGACGUUUUUUGACCUGGGAAUUUCUUAGCUUUUGUUGGUGGAAUUUACUGUCCGAUCACGUGCAUUAUAGAAGUUCUUGUGCA